GUAGGUGGCAAAUCAUGUCCCAACCAUAACCCCACACCUUUAGCUUGAAGUUAUUAACUAACCUAUACAAGGUUUAAAGUCCUGAAUCAGGUCGGUAUAGCUGUGAGACUUAACCGACCAACAACGAUGUCCUUGAGAGCGUUGAGGAAAGUGCUUCAACAACAAGAAGAAUCUGCAAACAAUCACACCGCCGAUGAUGACUCGGAAUCGGACUCCGAUUCCCGCCCUUUUAUUAAUCCUUUCGAUCUCCUCAACGAACAGGAACAAGAGCAGGAGAAUGACUCCAGUGAUGUUGAUACAUCCUCUAAGGUGAAAAAAGAAGAUAAUGUUAAUAAAAACAUUGCUACCAAUUUCUCAUUACCAAAUCAAAAAUCAAAGAAAAAGAAGAAGAAGAAAAACAAGGAGUUAUCAUCAAAAACCGAUGAGGACCCCUUAGACAUUAUAUUAGAAGAUUUAUCUUUUGGAGUUGACUCGUCCGGCGGUCAACGUGAACCUUCAAAAACGAAACUGGAGAAUGUGAAUGGCGCAGGUAAAAGAUCCCAACCACACAUAUUGCAAGUGGAUCCAAGAUUUCUCAGUGCAGAUAAUGAGUUGAGGAGAAUAUUUGGUUCAAAAGUAGUUAGUUCAUUUGAAAGAAGUAAUCAAGCAGGAAGUUCUAGACAGAGUCGUUCAGGUAGACGCGUUAAUCAUUCCUACAGAAAGACGAUUAUUAUUUCUCCUUCGGAGCAUUGGCCUCGGUGGGACGGAUCUCUAUCUAUGGAGCUUCUAGAACACAAAGAUGGAUGCAACUAUUUCAGGUAUGUACAUUCAUACACCUACAGCCUCGCUCAAAGACAAUUUGAAGCCGCACAGGCAACACAUGAUCUGAACGGCAUAGCAAAUAUACUGUUACACCAUCCGUAUCAUAUAGAUUCACUCAUAACUCUAUCCGAAUACUACAAACAUUCCGGCGACCUUCAAAUGUCAGCAGAUGCAACUGCAAAAGCGCUCUAUGCCUUAGAAUGUGGAUGGCACCCGUUAUUCACUCCGUUACAGGUUAACUGUCAACUGAAAUACGAACACGACACAAAUAAACCGUUUUUCACUACACUAUUUGCUCACAUGAAAAACAUGGAUAGGCGCGGUUGCCAUCGUUCCGCCUUAGAAAUAUGCAAAUUGGUAAUUUCUCUAGAUUCCGAUGAUCCAACGGGUGCACUUUUUUGUAUCGACUAUUUCUCGUUGCGGGCCGAGGAGUAUAAAUGGUUAGAAAGGUUUUCUGAAGAAUAUACUGGUGAUAAUUCAAUCUGGUUGUAUCCAAACUUUUCGUAUUCUCUUUCCAUUUGUCGGUUUUAUCUUGAACGUGAAGAACAGUUGAAAGAAACGGAAACGAAAGCUACUUCGAGUGAUCUCAUGGAACAGGCGUUAAUGCUUUAUCCUUCGGUUGUAAGGAAGUUGGUGGACAAAGUUCCGUUGAAAGAACAGGUGUGGUCAAAGAUAGUCAACCAUAGUUAUUUUAGAAAAGAUGAAACGGGAAGUGCGUCGUUGGAUCAUCUGAUUAAUAUAUAUGUUGAAAAGAGUUAUCUCAUAUGGAGACUUCCCGAGCUGCAUAACUUUCUCAAAGAUGCAGCGUUAUUAGUAAUCGAAAAGAUGGAUAUUAAUCAAAGUGAAGCUCGGGAUUGGGCGUGUGUGAGAAAAGAAGCAUUUGCAUCGGAUAAGAACGAGUAUUCACACUUAAUGGUAUCUGAUUUCUCGGAUUCAACGCCAACCAUUCCACCCGAACACUUGCAAAACUUUAUGGUUGAUCCAAGGUUGGUGGAAAUGCAUGGUAAUGCUAACCAAGAAAAUGUUGGCGGCGUUGCAGUUGUACACCCUCCUCGUGAAGUUGCAAACCGAAACCCAUUGGCAGUUUUGUUCGAGUCAAUGUUACCAUGGGUUCACUAUGGAACAAGAGUAGAAAACAACCUGCCGCAAGAUAUUGAAGAUUAAACCUUACGUUUUUACAGUGUAACUGAUGAAGAAUCAAAUUUUAUGAGAUAUUCUUCGUGUUUUAACCAGGAAACCUGCUUUUGCUUA